AAGAGGCAUCCUACCCAAAUGGUAGGUCACUGCAUUCUCAAUGUCUCUUCGAUGGAUAUCGCAAACCGAUUGAUCAUGGAUGGUAUCACCAUCCGUGGGCGACGAGUUCUACCCGAACGGCUCAAGGCCGAACCAAUUCGGUGCAGUAACUGUCAGGGCUAUGGCCACAUCGCUCGCAACUGUAACCAUCAGAGCGCAUGCGGCACCUGUGGUCAGACCAGUCAUAAGACUGUUGACUGCAACGCAUAUCGGACCCUCCAUUGCGUGUCCUGUGGGGUGAACACGCAUGCCAGCUGGGACCGGAAUUGUCCGGAAUUCCUUAAAAGGUGUCAGCUGCUCGACGAACGCCGACCUGAUAACCAGUACAAGUACUUCCCUACAGAAGACCCUCGUACU